AUGUCUCAAUUCGAUCUGAACGUGGCCACCCGCGCUAGCCAGUCGGCUUUGCUGCCUGUGGUCCUCAUCGCCACCUCAAUCAACGAGGCUCGCCCUACCCCGGUGAUCAACAUCGUCUACCAGGACACUGCUCUCCUCCAGGAUGGUGAGAAGGCUAUUGUUCAGCUUGUGGCUGGCAGCAAGUCUGUGUUCGGUACCACUGAGGUCAUCAAUGAGCUCACCGCGCACUUCCCCUUCCUGACUGGCAAGGAUGCUAAGGUGGAGGCCGAAUGGCUCUCUCAAUUGGACAGCCUGACGACCCUUGACUUCAAGGCUCUCGAUCCCAUCCUUCAGCGCAUUGAUAGCCACCUCCUGCUGCGCUCGUUCCUCGUCGGAUACUCUCUGUCCACCCCCGACAUCGCCGUUUGGGGUGCUCUCCGUGGUAACCGUGUCGCAGCUGCGGCUCUGAAGAAGGGCUCCCUCGUAAACUUCACCCGUUGGUACCGUUUCCUCGAAGAGCUCUGCCCCUGGACCAACGCUGCUGUUGAGUCUAUGAACGCAGUUGCCAAGGAGAAGAAGGUCGCCAAGGCCAAGGAGGGUGCUAGCUACGAUAUCGCUCUUAAGGGCACUGAGAACGGCGUUCCUUCUGGAUACCUCCACAUCGGACACGCCAAGGCCGCUCUUCUCAACGAUUACUUCGCCCACGAGAAGUACAAUGGUACUCUUCUUCUCCGUUUCGAUGACACCAACCCCUCCAACGAGAAGCAGGAAUUCGAAGAUGCUAUCAUUGAGGAUCUUGCUCUCAUGGGCAUCAAGCCUAACAAGAUGACCUACACCAGUGAUUACUUCGAUGAACUGUACGACUACUGUAUCAAGAUCAUCAAGCAGGGAGACGCCUAUGCCGAUGACACCGACAAGGAAACCAUGCAGAAGCAGCGAUGGGACGGUAUUCCCAGCGGGCGUCGUGAGAUGGCCGCCGAGGAGAGCUUGGCUCAUCUCGAGGAUAUGAAGAGCGGCAGCGCCGAGGGCCUUCGCUGGUGCAUUCGUGCUAAGAUCUCCGCCGACUGCCCUAACAAGGCUAUGCGUGACCCUGUCAUCUACCGUUGCAACCCUGCUGCCCACCACCGCACCGGUGACAAGUGGAACAUCUACCCCACCUACGACUUUGCUUGCCCCAUCGUUGAUUCGAUGGAGGGUGUCACCCACGCCCUUCGUACCAUUGAGUACCGUGACCGCAACCCUCAAUACCAGUGGAUGCUGGAUACCCUCAAGCUUCGCAAUGUGCAGGUCUGGGAUUUCGCCCGCAUGAACUUCAUCAAGACUCUUCUCUCCAAGCGUAAGCUGACCAAGCUUGUUGAGACUGGUGCCGUCUGGGGUUGGGACGACCCUCGCUUCCCCACCAUCCGCGGUAUUCGUCGCCGUGGUAUGACCAUUCCUGCUCUCCGGGAGUUCAUUCUCAAGCAGGGCCCCUCCAAGAACGUCACCAACUUCGACUGGGCUCUCAUCUGGGCUACCAACAAGAAGUACAUCGACCCUGUCGCUGGUCGUCACACUACCAUUUACACCAAGGAUGCUGUGAAGACCACAGUGACUGGAGGCCCCUCUGCCCCUUACUCCGAGGAGAAGCCUUUGCACGCCAAGAACGCCGCUGUCGGUAACAAGAAGGUCAUCUACUCCAGCUCUAUCCUGCUUGAGCAGGAGGACGUCAAGUCAUUCAAGCCCGAUGAGGAAAUCACCCUCAUGAACUGGGGUAAUGCCUUCAUCCGCAAGAUCAGCACCAACGCCGAGACUGGUAUCAUCACCAACCUCGAGGUUGAGCUGAACCCCACUGGUGAUGUCAAGAAGACCGAGAAGAAGGUCACUUGGCUCGCCGAGGAGGGUCAGGAUCUCAUCCCCGUUGAGCUCGUUGAUUUCGAUCACCUCCUCAACAAGGACGCUUUGACCGAGGAUGAUGUUCUGGAGGACUGCUUGAACAAGCACACUGAGUUCCGCGAUGUCGGUGUCGCAGACUGCAAUGUCGCCAACCUGAAGGAAAACGACAUCAUUCAGUUCGACCGCAAGGGCUACUACCGCGUUGACCGGGCUUACAGCCCUGGCUCGCCUGCCGUGUUCUUCAACAUUCCUUCUGGCAAGACCAAAUAA